UGUAUUCUAAUGACCAGCUGUAUGCAGUUGUAGUAAGAGCAUGCGCAGUGCGGGAAAGGAACACGGCGAAGAUUCAAAGUUUUUGUUCGGAUUUUAACCCUAACACCGACCAAGAAAUAGACUAUGUUUGGCUUUCACAAGUCAAAGAUCUACAGGAGUAACGAAGGCUGUUGCAUCUGCAAGACCAAGUCCUCCAGUUCUCGAUUCACAGACAGCAGUCGAUAUGAGGAGACAUUCAGGCUGUGUUUUGGGCUCUCUGAGGAUCGUGUUGGAGACAUCUGCAACGCCUGUGUCUUACUGGUGAAAAGGUGGAAAAAGCUACCUCUUGGCUCCAAGAAAAAUUGGAACCAUGUGGUGGAUGCAAGAGCAGGUCCAGGCUUUAAGGUGACAAAACCCAAGAAGAUAAAAAAUGGAGAUGGGAAGAAGAAAAGCAAGCUAAAGAAGCUGCACAAGUUCAAGAGACAGAACUCUGAUGCACACAGCACGACCUCCAGCGUGUCUCCUGCCCAGUCUCCCAGUUACAGCAACCAGUCAGAUGAUGGCUCAGACAUAGAGUCCAAGCAAAGACGCUCAGCUCCCUCUAUCUUCUCCUUCUUGGACCGUUCCUACUGGAAAAGACAAAAGGUGUGCUGUGGGAUUGUCUACAAGGGUCGGUUUGGAGAGGUGAUUAUUGAUCCCCGGCUUUUCAAGCCCUGCUGCAGUUCCAAAAAACAGAAGACACUGACAUCGCCCACGCAAGUGGCCACACACUUGCCGGACACACAACACCCAGAAGACAUAAAAGAAACCUGGUGAAUGCUAUUGUUGUUGUUGAAUUUCCCUGUUGGGGUUAUCCAUGGCAUCUACCUGGAUUUGUCUCCAGUGGUAGACCUCUCAUUUCUGCUCCUCCUCUUUCCCAUAGACAGUUAUGUAGACCUUUUUUCCUUUGUAAUAUUCCUUUUUAUACAGGUAUUUUUUAAG